CUUCCUCUCUUCGCACCAAAUGUCAGCUUCAAACCAAACGACGACGACGCAAACGCCCCGCAUGGUUGAAGCAGCAUCCGAUGCGAAUCGAAAGAUGCCUGCAGCUGCAAGUCCCCGUCUCAGCUGCCAUGAUCCCAUCGAUCCACAUCGAUCUAGCUACCUGGUCUCCUAUAUAUAAAGCACACACCAAGCUCCAGGCACAAACCCAACCGUGCUCAGCUCCUCUCCGGCCGGCUCUCCCUGAAACUGCUGCCAUCUAUCUUCGCCGAUCGAUCAGCAGCUGCAGGUUCGGGUCGAAAAUGGCCGCCGACAACACGAAGACGUCGUGGCCGGAGGUGGAGGGGCUGCCGGGCGAGGUGGCCAAGCGGAAGAUCCUGGCGGACCGGCCGGGCCUGCAUGUCAUCGUCCUGCCCGUCGGCUCCGUCGUGACCGCCGAUUUCGACAUCAAGCGCGUCCGCGUCUUCGUCAACAAGAUCGGCAACGUGGCACAGGUCCCCAAAGUCGGCUAGGGGCUCAUGGUGAGGAAUCGGCGAUCGACGAUAUAUAGUGCCCCAGUUACCUCGAACAAAUUAAAGGUUGUUGAUGAAUUAUAAUGCUGUUUCUUGUGUUCCGAUAGAUAAGUGUCGUGUCGUGUCGUGUCGUGCUAGAGUUGAUGAUGAGCACACUUGUGAGUGAUGAUGAGUGUGGAUUGUUGUUUGUGGGUGAUGCCUGUACUGUUUCCUAGUACAUGGAAUUUUUUUUAACACUCCUACAUGGAAUUUAA